UGCAGCCCAAUGCGCCGGGGCGGCCACGCAACCUGCUAACGGACGGAGGCAACCAGGGAGCUUGGCGGGCGAACCAUGAUCCAUGGCCCACACGUCAUUCAGCUUUUCUGUAUAAAUCCGGCUAACGAGCGAGAGCCUUGUCUCCCUUCUGCUUCCGCCAUCAUCUAAACCGCACCUCUGCUGUGAUAGCAUGGGAUCACUGUUCGUCGUCCCGCCAGACCCCGCCACGCCAAAAGACUCCCCACGAGCUGCUGCUGACUCCAUGACCAGGCGCGAAAUGCCCCCUUCAAUCGAGUCGUCCCUGGAUACCCAGGGCCUUGCCAACGAGCAGCGCGGCCUCCUGGACCUCGUCGAUAAGCUGCAGUUCGCCCAGCUCGAUAACAUCAAGCUCCCCCAGAUCGUCGUCGUUGGCGACCAGUCCGCCGGCAAGAGUUCCGUCCUCGAGGCCCUCACCGGUACCCCGUUCCCCCAAGAUGCCGGCGCCUGCACCCGUUUUGCGACCGAGAUUCGCCUGCGUAGAGCCAAGGAGACGAAGUUGAAGGUGUCCAUCAUCCCCGACAAGUCCCGCCCGUACAAUGAGCAAGCCCGACUGCUGCAGUAUGGCGGCGAUGUCUCCGGCGAUACCCCGUUCGAAACCAUGAUGCGGGAUGCGACCGAACUCAUUGCCCCCCGAAGCAUUCCCGGUCGCUUCGCUGCCAAGGAUAUCCUCGUCGUGGAAAAAGCCGGCCCUGAUAUGCCGCUGCUGACGCUCGUCGAUCUUCCCGGUCUGGUUCGGGUUGCCAACCGCGACCAGUCCGAGGCCGACAUCCAGACCAUUGAAACCCUCUCCGAACGAUACAUGAAGAGCACUCGAACCAUCGUCCUGGCCGUUAUCGGCGGCAACAAUGACUAUGUUCAGGCCCCUAUUCUCAAGAAAGCCCGUCAAUUCGACCCUACCGGAUCCCGCACUAUUGGUGUCCUGACGAAGCCCGACAUGACGGAGCGGAUCGGCCUCGAGGAAAAGUUCAUCGAGCUUGUCACCAACAAAGACAAGGAGAACAACUUCAAGCUCGGCUGGUACGUCCUGCUGAACCCCGGACCUCAAGACCGCUGGCAGACACCCGAGGAGCGAGCCCAGAGAGAGGCCGAGUUCUUCACACGAGGCAAGUGGGCUCAUCUCCCACCUCAGAUGUGGGGUAUCGCUGCUCUCCGCCAGAAGCUCAGCACUCAGCUCCAGCGACAUAUCGGAAAGCACGUCAAGACUCUGCGCCGCCAGAUCCAAGAGGCUCUUGAGGGCUGCGAAGCCCAGCUCAAGGCCAUGGGAGCUGGAAAGGACACGGUCGAGGAGAUGAGGUUUGAGAUGGGCGAGCUCUUCACUGCUUCCAACAACCUCGUUGUUCCCGCUGUCAAUGGUAACUACAAGAACCCCUUUGGAGAGAAGUUCUUUGCCAGGCAGUCUAGCCCCAAGGGAACUCCUUCACAGAAACUCCGUGCUCGCGUCCGCGAGGAGAGCGAGCGGUUUGCUCGAAGAUUCCGUGCACAUGGCCGCAAGGUCACUUUCCAGAAGGACGCUCUUCCCCCCGCGACCCCCGCAGCCAAUCUUCCUGCUGCAGGCGUUGUAGGAGAUCGUUCCAAGAAGGACUUCGCCGAGCUGGAAGUUGAGCCGCUCCUCCGCCAGAUCCGUGGUAACGAACUGCCGCUCGACUCCAACCCUCGCGCGCCCUACAUUCUCUUCCAGGACUACUCCCGAAACUGGCCAGUCCUGGCUCGCGAGUACAAGGACAACCUUGGGGUCAUUUGCCACGAGUUCCUUGCUGACGUCAUUGACCACGUCUUCCCAAUGCGCAUGCGUGACCCUCUCCGCAUGCACUUCCUUGAGGUGCAGAUGAAUGAGUUGAUGGAGGGUGCCGACAAGGAGCUUGGCCGCCUGACCGAUGACAUGGAACUUGAGGUCCAACCCUUUGACCCCGAGUAUGAGGAGCGCCUGAGGAAGUGGCGCGCCGAUGCGACUGAGAACGGUGGAACGUACACCGAGGCCGAGGAGGUUCUGGAGAAGAUGCUUAUUUACUACGACCUUACGGCCCGCAUCUUCACCCGCAACGUCAUCACCCAGGUUGUCGAGCGUCACCUGCUUUUGGGAAUGCUCCGCUUGUUCAACCCCAUUGAGAUUCUGCGCAUGCGCGACGCCACCAUCGAGGCCAUCGCUGCCGAGAACAAGGAGACUCGCGAUCGCCGCAGGACGCUCCAAGCGCAGAAGAAGGCUAUCGAGGAGGCUAGAACCAUCUGCGCCAGCCUCGCCAUGCGAAGCGAAUUGAGAGUCUAUGAUGACGAGCCGGAUGAUGAGACGGUUACGGAUGACGAAGAGCCCGCCAACAACAUCGAUCAUCGUCGGCCCGUUGCCCCUCCAGCGCAACCCCAGCAGCCCAUCCGCUCGCAAGAUUCCGUCCGACGGCCUGUUCGCGAUUCCCGCGAGGACCGCUCUAGCCGCACACCGGCGGCGCCCCAGGACACCUACCAGAACAACCCCUACCGACAAGAGGCCAGCCGACCAGAAGCGGGCAGCCGACAGGAAACCAACCACCGACAGGAGCGUCAAGACUCCAACAGGGACUGGGAACCCGUCUACCCUACUCCCCACCAGGACCAAUCCCACCAACCCCCUCCACCACCACCCCGCCCCCAGAAGGUAGGCCUGGGCGACGCCGAGGCGUACUAUGAGAACGCCGGGCGAACCGAGUAUUCCAACAGCCCCGGUCGGGAUUCACGAAGAGAGAGCGCGAGACAUAGACUUGCGAAUGCGAUGAGACUGGGCCCGCAGAACUAGAAGUAGGGACGUGACUUGAGUGUACCAAGUCGAAUGCCAUGAGGGUUUGCUAGAUGUAAUUGACGGCUGGCGUUGGGAAAGAGACGGGUCUUGUUUGUUUUUGACAAGCGAUGCUAUGAUCGGGACUUGGGAAUUGGAGUCCUCUACACUUGUAUUAUCUAGAUAAGAUUCCACGAAAUUGAUACGAUACACCAA